GCCAAGAGGCUGAGGUUUAUGUGGACAUUUCUGGGAAAAUCUCCAAAGCUCACAUUUGCCAAAGGGGAACCUGGGAAGAGACAGAGCAUUUCCCCCCCUGUGCAGUCCCAGCGAAAGGUCCAGCAAGCUUUAGACUAAAUUCUUCCUUCUGCGUCCAGAAGAUUCUCUCGCACUCCGCUGGAAAUAAACAAUAUCCAAGGAUUCAUGGAAGUUAUUAAGUUAAUGUUGUGCGUUUUUUGGGUAAUGUGACGUGUCCGAAGCUUUUCUCCGAAACACUGCAUCCACUUUUUUCGGACCUGGGAAAUUAUUAAGGUCUGGAUUUUUGUAAACCAGCCAUGAUCCAAACGUAUGCCCCCUCUGUCAUAAUUGAGAACGGAAGUGUUAUUGGAUUGAAGCUGUGGAUGUAACUUUACGCGCUAUAAACUCCCAUCGAGUUUGAAAGUAACUUCAGACCGUGAGGUGGACUUUCUCCAUCAGCAGAAGGCAUGCUCUGAAAGUUGUCUUUGCAAACGAUUAUGUGGCAAUUUUGCGCACUACACGGCUUCAUUUGGAAUUAACUUGAUUGACAUCAAAUGCUUUAAAGACGCGGCCGGAUCGAGGCUCCACUACUGGAUCGAAAUCUGGAUCUACCUUCUUAUUUUGACUUCUUAUCACAAUGAGGGCGUUUGUGCUCAGCUUAGCUCUGAUUUUCCUUCUUACUUGGACCGAUGCCGACAAGCAAACCCAUUUUAAACGGGUGCCUUUGCACCGGCGCGUGCGGACGGGACAUGUCCAGUACGACGCAUCGGACAAGGAGCGCUUCGUCAAGCGCCCGCGCCCGCGCCCCGGAUUUGGUUCUGCGAUUUCUGUGAUCGGCUCCGGGAAGGACGGAAAUGUACAGGCCGACGAGGGCGUUUUAGUUCCUGUAAGGACAGGGGCUUUGCAGGGCAGGAGAAUGGGGGGUCACGGUUUGGGGCCAAGGAGAGGGGACGCCGGACAGAUUGGCCUGCCCCGUCGCUGGAACGUUCUGCAAGAUGAGGGCACUCCAGGAGCGAGAGCCAGGAUCACCCGGAUGCCCAACAGCGCCGGGUCACCAAACCUGCUGGCCAGUUUCGCAGGGAAAAACCGGGUCCUGGUGAUCUCCUCGCCACACGAAUCAGACGGUUACUACCGGCUGAUGAUGUCUCUCCUGAAGCCUGAUGUGUACUGCGAGCUUGCCGAGAGACACGUCCACCAGAUUGUGAUGUUUCAUCAGGAGGGAGAGAUGGGGGGCAAGGUGAGAAGGAUCACCACAGAGGGGAAGAUCCUGGAGGAGCCGCUAGACACAGCACUCAUCCCCAGACUCAUGAGUUUCCUCAAAAUGGAGAAAGGUAAGUUCGGGAUGGUGCUGCUGAAGAAAACCCUGCAGGUGGAGGAGAAGUACCCCUACCCUGUGAGACUGGAGGCCAUGUAUGAGGUGAUUGACCAGUCACCCAUGAGAAAGCUGGAGAAGCUUCGCCAGAAAGGUUUUGUCCAGAAGUGCAAAGGAGCAGGUGUGGAGGGUCAGGUGGAGGAAGGCACAUACACAGAGAGAAGACCAAUGCUCUUCAAUAGAAAGCCCACACAGUCCCCAACAACAACCACCAGCACAACGACCACACAGCAAACCACAACAACCACCACCACAACCACCACCCGACCCACGACUACUACUACUACUACAACCACAACCAGAACUACAACAACCCCCAAACCAACCACUACCACCACCAGAAGAACCACCACCACCACAAAAAGACCCACCACCACCCAGAGACCAACCCGGCCCCCAACCACAACACUGUGGCUUCCAGCCCCGAGAACCACCCCUGAUCCCUACUCCUACAACCGCAGGCAGAGGUAUCCGGCUAAAACCACCCCGUCUGGAGACAACCGCACCGACAAGGACAGCAGAGAUCCACACAGUCGGAGACCAGUUCCUGCUACGCCCAAACCCCCCAAGAACAAGACCCCCAAGAAGAAAAAUGAGGGCGAUAAGAUCUUAAAUAACUACGAGGACAAGUAUGAGCCCAGCAAGCCAACUGUGAGCCACCCAGAGACGGAAACCUUCCCCGACGUGAGCCCCACCAAGGUCAAGAGCAAGCCCGAUAAGCUCGACAAGAAGAAGAAAAAGAGCGACAAGGCCAUCAAGAAAGCAGAGAGAAAAGGAGGAAAGGUUGGGAAGGAUGGAAAGUUUGGAGCAAAGAAAAAUGGAAAGAAGCUGUUAAAGUACCCAGAGACUUUCCCAAAGCCCACUAAGAAAUCAACGCCCCCUCCGAAGGGAUCUCUGGCCUCGUUCCUGGAUUACUUUGAAAAUAGGAGACGACUGCUGUUGAUAACAUCCCCCAGUGAGGAGAACAGCAUGUAUGUUCAGCAGAGGGAUGAGUACCUGGAGUCAGUGUGUGAGAUGGCCAUCAGAAAAGUCUCCAUUAUCACCAUCUUUGGUUCCCUGACCAACUCCACCAUGAAAAUUGACCACUAUCAGAUAGAGAAUGACAAGCCUAUGAAAGGUCUUCGUCAGGAGGACUUGGUUAACCAAGACCUGAUCACAGAGCUGAGGAAAGAGUUUGGAAUGAUGUUCGAUGAGUUCUACAUGGUCCUCACUGACACCGAUAUGAGAGUCAAGCAAUCUUAUGAAGUUCCCAUUGCCAUGAAAGCUGUGUUCGACUAUAUCGACACCUUUUCCUCCCGCAUCCGAGAAAUGGAACAGCAGAAGCGAGAUGGAGUUGUCUGCAAGAAAGAGGACAAGCCCAGAUCACUGGAGAACUUCCUGUCCAGGUUCCGAUGGAGACGUCGUCUGUUCAUCAUCUCCGCCCCCAGCGACGAGGAGUGGUCCUAUCAGCAGCAGCUCUACGCCCUGUCCAGCCAGGCCUGUAAUCUGGGAUUGAGGCACAUCGCCAUUCUGAAGCUGGUUGGCACAGAGUUGGCAGAUAUGGGCGGAGUCCUGGAACUUUAUCCUAUCAAUGGGAGUGCCACUGUGGAGCGUGAAGGGCUCUCAGCCAGCUUGGUGAAGGACAUGAGGAACUACUUCCAGAUCAGUCCAGAAUACUUCUCCAUGCUGCUGGUCGGGAAGGACGGCAACGUCAAGUCCUGGUACCCUUCACCCAUGUGGUCCAUGGCCAUCAUCUACGACCUGGUGGACUCCAUGCAGCUGCGCAGGCAGGAGAUGGCCAUCCAGCAGUCGCUCGGCAUGCGCUGCCCAGAGGACGAGUACGGCGGCUACGGCUAUCAUCAACAUGGAUACGAACAUGGUUAUCAGGAUGGCUAUCACAAAGGUUACGGUUACUAACCUUGGUGUCUGUGUCCUUGUCUCCUCCAGUUCUCCUCUUUAAAUCCAUAAUCUGUUUCAUCUUUCCAACCCAAUCUCCAUCUGGCAUCAUCACAGAUGGAGGAAGCUCCUUGACUGUUUUGUAGCACUUAGAAGUCUCAGAGCUGCUUCUCACCAACACAUUUCCUUCCUUUACAGAAUAUGACAACAGGCUGCAAGCGAUGGUACACCGUAAGGAGCUUUUCAUUCGAGCUGGUUAGUCUGUAUAUCUGUAGGCUAGUCUGGAGGAGCAGGGAUUUAUCUCGUGCUUAAGUUUUUUCCAACGUCAAACAUGCUUGUAUAUCAUCUGUCAUCUCCUCUCAACUCCCAGAUCAAUCUACAUUGUUAGAUUUCCAGCACAGGUAGAUAAUGGGCUAAGGCUAAGAUGUAUUUAUUAGACAUCUGUCCCCUCUAAAGUGCAAUUACAGAUCCUUUCUUUUUUUAAACAUAAUUUCUUUUGUAAAGUUUCUUUUGCUCUAUGAUGUUCUUAUUUAUACUUUAUCUGCAACAAUGAAAAAAAAAUGUGUUUUUACUACCAGCUCUGCAUGCUGUGCAUAUAAACCCAGAAUAAAUUAAUUCCAACAAGCCUGAGCUACAGCUACCCCUAGUGGCAUCAUACUGUAAGGUCAAGAGAAAUGCUUUUUUUUUUUUUAGAUGACCAAGGAGAUUAUUAAAAAUUAAAUCUAUGUAUUUUUUAUAAUUACAAACAUAAUCAGGAUUUUCAGAUUAAAAACACAACUAUUCAUCUAAAAUGUGUUUUCUUAGCUCAUGUUUUUUUGUGUGUGUGUGUGCAGCAUGUCAUCACAACAAAUGGCUUUCAUACAGGUUUUAAUUUUAAGAGAUACUCCAUAUUUCACAGUACAACAUGAGAACCUUGAAGGCCAAGUAUGAAAAUGAAGAGCAGUUUGUACUAGAAAUUCAGACUCAGGCCUCACUUAUCACUGCAAGUUGCUCAAAAAGUCAGGAUGUAAACUCUGACCGGGACACUGACAAGACACAGAUGGUGAGGCGGUGAACUGAAGCCAGGCUGCAGGAAUUAAAACUUGCCUUUGUUUCAUGUCACAUUACAGAUCUGCUUUGUAACAUACCAGCAGAGGCAUUUGUGUUAGCAACAUCAGCGCUUUUUCUCAUUCUCUUGGUCCUGAGGGGCGGAAAAAUAAAAAGAAUGGGGGAGCAGCAGCUGUCGAGAUGCAGAAUUCCUGAAAAUUAUUUUCCUUUCAACAGCGUUAAGGCUGACAGUUCCCAGAUAUAACAGAAGUUACUAUGAAGAACUUUGAGCCUCUUUUAUGGGCUCAAAUUUUAUGGUUUUAAAUGACUGUAGCAAACAUCUUUGUGUUGUAAACAACUGAAUUCUGGAGAUAAAUGUAAAGUUAAUUUGGCAUUUCAACCUGUCAUUAAACCAGUUAAACAGUG